AUGUUGAAAUAGUUGUUUUUUUAUUACAUUGAAGUGGUAAUUGUUUACCGUUUAGAAUAACCCAACUGUUUAAAACUUCCUUUCGUUUUUAUAAUUUUUUAUCUUCAGGGGACGGUCACACCACCAGCAAAAUCACAAUAAAUAUGUGAUUUUUUGCAAAGCAAAUAUGGAGGAAUCACCUUAUCUGCACAGCCCCUACCAGGUGUCUAUUGUCGCCACCGACCUGCACCAUGAGGACACCAUAAUCCAAGCAGCCCAGUCUCUGGACUGUCUACACAAAACCAUAAAUUCAAUUUUCGAGCGAAUCGAUGCUCGCUUGGCGAGAAAUGGUUUAAAGGUUGAGGAAAUAGACAAUCGUGUGAAGCGCGCCCAGGCGAAAAUCGAUGCGCUUGUUGGCUCCAAGCGGGCCAUCCAGAUCUUUGCACCCGCUUGUUUUCCGGCCAGCGAAGUCCUGGCUCCGCUUCCAGCCACCUUUCCACAGGUGGUCCUCGACCCACUGAUGGAGGAGCAGGUGGAGCAGCAGCCGAACCGGCAAUACACCAGUCAUAGCCCCUCAGAUCAGAAACAGGACGAUGCUGACAUAUUUUUCCACGUACGUGGCGAACGAGAACAAGAGCUGCCUCUGGUCGUCGAACGUAAGAUGACUAAUCACACUGCUGGUCUUGGAGCCCUUCCUUUAGACGGAGUGCGAUCCGUCCCCUCGUUGAUGCGCUUCAGCACUAACGAGUUCGCCUACGGCGAGGAUCUUAAUGCCUGGAAGCGCUCUCUACCACCACAAUCUGCCCGCCGUGUUGCCAGUCAGUCAUUGAGGCCCACUGCAGAUAAACUGCUUGCUCCGGCUCCACAUUCGCUGGCCCACGGGACCACUAAACUGGCCACGCCAGCUGGAGACUUACGGUACAAUCCCGCUGCCUUGGCUGCUCCCGCUAUCGAUGUGCCGCUGGAUCUGCCCGAUCUUCCUGGUAUCGCCAAUGAUCUCCAAUAUGAGCCUGUAGAGGAGCAGACACCAAUUGCGCCUUCCCAGCAGUUCGGCGACUUGCCAGAGCUACCAGAUUUAGGUCUCGAGGAGCAGGAAAUUACAGUGCAAGCUAUCGCGGCACAGACGCACAUUCCAGGACCUGCGAGAAAGACAGGUCUGGGUCAGUGUCCAUCGCCAGCUAUGGCAGCACCGCCGCCUCCACCACCUCCGCCGCCGCCGCCACCACCACCGCCUCCAGAGCAAACAAAGAGGAUACCUUCGCCCCCACCCUUUCCCACUAAGGGUGCUGUAAAGCCGCUUUCUCCGUCGCCGUCUACGCCACUAAAAAUGCCGCCACCCCCUUCACGCACUGAAGAUCCGCGAUCUGAGCUUAUGGCCGCCAUACGAAAUGCCGGAGGAGUUCAUGGCGGACGUCUGCGGUCACCGGCGGCAGCUCCGCUUGAUGUCGUGGAUAACACACGCUCUAAGGCGGGAGCCGCUUCCACAGGGGAUCUGAUGGCGGACCUGCAUAAUAAGCUAAUGCUUCGACGCAAGGGAAUCUCUGGAAGCCAGAAUCCUGGAGAGGCCACCGCUGCCAAUCCACUAAUGCAGCAGCUAUCCCGCGUUAUUCCGCCACCCGUGCAGCCGCGAAAGGGCUCUCAAUCCAGCGAAGAGGCACGCUCCGAAGACGAUGAUGAUGUAUGGAACUAGUAAUGUAGGGGAAUCGAAAUCUCCUUCAUUGAUGUAGCUUUAGCACCAAAUUAAGUGCCUUGGCUAGCUUUAAGCUCUAGCUUCUCCAGCUUAAUUUAUACCAAUCUUUAGAAAGAAUUUGAAAUUCUGUUUUCCCAAGCGGGUAUGCCAAAUUAGGUCAAAGUUAACCAGUUGAAUAAAAAUAACGGAAAAAACGAAAA